AGGGGUUAAACGUCACCGUCUAGUAGGAAGUGGGUGGUUGUGUUGGAGAUGCUGAAGAUGGGGAGAAGAAGCCGUCAGUCAGAGAGGGACACAAUGAAAUGCACGUGAGAGGACACAUGUUCGGCGCGGGGACGGUGCUUUCAUGUGCAUCCAUGCUGAGCGGCGCUAGGACGGAAAGCAGCACGCCCACAAUGGUGUCGCCUUUAUGUGCAUCGGAAGGAUGUUCCGUUGAUCGGGUGUGAUCAUGCAUGCGCGGAACUCUAGCACGGUGGCUUUGCUUCAACUCCCGUGACAUGUACACCAUCUCAGCCGUGGACUGGCCUAUGGAGGGAUAGGUUCGUUUUCUCGAAAGCUGACAACAAUUAGGUCGUUUCCGGUGUUUUCAUUCUCGGGACUUGAGCUAGCACGCGCACCCGUAGCACCUUCCCAGCAUGGGGUCCGGCGCUGGAGGGACACUUCCACGCCGUUUACGUUCGAUUGGUGUUUACUUUUGAAUCCAUGUCACUCAAUGGGAGCUUUUUCAUCGUCAUAUCCACACCUUUGCUGCCGAAUGAUGUAAAUUCAGCAAUGAAACGCUUCAAUUUUUAGCUCCAUUGACAAGCGGCGCGUGCUUGGCGGAAGUCACGUGACAGUGUGGCUUACUCUGACGUCACUUAAAAAAAAAGCUAAACUGCAAGGGGCAGAGAAACUCUCCAGGAGGUAUCACCAUGGAUGACUCUGGCAUCAUUAGAAGACGUAGGCUUCAGAAGGAUCUUCCACUGCCACGGAAAAGUAGCAGUUGCAGAACAAGUAACAGGAAAAGCCUCAUCCUGACCAGUACGUCACCCACCCUGCCAAGGCCACACUCUCCACUGCCUGGACACAUAGGAAGCAGCCCAUUGGAUAGCCCCCGCAAUUUCUCACCAAGUGGACCUGCUCACUUCUCCUUCGCUUCUUCUAGAAGGCCUGAUGGUCGUAGAUGGUCUCUGGCUUCCCUUCCUUCCUCGGGAUAUGGCACCAAUACACCGAGUUCGACGUCCUCCAGCUCAUCACAGGAGCGUCUGCACCAGCUGCCCUUCCAGCCCACCAUGGACGAGCUGCACUUCCUCUCCAAGCACUUUGGCAGCACAGAGAGCAUCACGGAUGAUGACGGGGGCCGCCGCUCGCCGCAUGUCCGUCCUCGCUCUCGAAGCCUCAGCCCGGGGCGCUCGCCCUCCUGCUAUGACAAUGAAAUAGUGAUGAUGAACCAUGUGUACAAGGAACGCUUUCCCAAGGCCACAGCUCAGAUGGAGGAGAGGCUAGCAGAGUUCAUCCACAACUACUCUCCAGAGAGCGUUCUGCCGCUGGCCGACGGUGUUCUCAGCUUCAUCCAUCACCAGAUAGCCGAGCUGUCCCGAGAUUGCCUGACUAAAUCACAAGAGGGUCUCAUCAGCAGUGUUUACUUCUGUGAACUUCAGGAGAACUUGGAGAAACUUCUACAUGAUGCAUACGAACGCUCAGAGAGCUCCGAACUGACCUUCGUCAUCGAGCUGGUCAAGAAGCUCUUCAUCAUUAUAUCUCGUCCAGCCAGACUGCUGGAGUGCUUGGAAUUUAAUCCGGAAGAGUUCUACCAUCUGUUGGAGGCAGCAGAGGACCACGCCAAGGAGGGCCAGCUGAUGAAGGCGGAUAUCCCUCGAUACAUCAUCAGCCAGUUGGGGCUCACCAGGGACCCGCUAGAAGAUAUUGCAAGCCUGGACAGUUAUGACAGCGAAGGUCCACACACGCCAGAGACUGAUGAUUCAACAGAGGGUAAGGGAAGAGCCAUCAAACCACCAAGUGAGGAAGACUUUCAGAGCAUCAAACUGAUCAGCAAUGGAGCUUAUGGGGCUGUCUACCUGGUGCGCCACAGAGAGACUCGACAGCGCUUUGCCAUGAAGAAAAUCAACAAACAAAAUCUGAUCUUGAGAAACCAGAUCCAGCAGGCCUUUGUUGAGAGAGACAUUCUCACUUUUGCCGAGAACCCCUUCGUGGUCUCCAUGUUCUGUUCUUUUGAAACACGAAGACACCUCUGCAUGGUGUUGGAGUACGUUGAGGGCGGUGACUGUGCCACCUUAUUGAAGAACAUAGGGGCUCUUCCUGUGGAGCUGGCCAGGAUGUACUUUGCAGAGACUGUUCUAGCUCUGGAGUACCUGCACAAUUAUGGUAUCGUCCACAGAGACCUCAAACCAGACAAUCUAUUGAUCACCUCCAUGGGCCACAUCAAACUAACAGACUUUGGCUUGUCCAAAAUGGGCCUGAUGAGCCUCACCACCAAUCUGUAUGAAGGACACAUCGAGAAAGACGCCAGGGAGUUCCUGGAUAAGCAGGUGUGUGGUACACCCGAGUAUAUCGCCCCCGAGGUGAUUCUUCGUCAGGGCUAUGGGAAACCUGUGGAUUGGUGGGCGAUGGGCAUCAUUCUUUAUGAGUUCCUGGUGGGCUGCGUGCCUUUCUUUGGAGACACUCCGGAGGAGCUGUUUGGACAGGUCAUCACAGAUGAUAUAGUUUGGCCUGAUGGUGAUGACGCCUUACCCUCAGACGCACAGGCCCUCAUCUCCACUUUGCUGCAGACCAACCCCCUUGUGAGGCUGGGCACAGGCGGAGCAUUUGAAGUGAAGGAGCAUUCGUUCUUUACCGAACUUGACUGGAACAGUUUGCUGCGCCAAAAAGCCGAGUUCAUCCCUCACCUUGAGUCAGAGGAGGACACAAGCUACUUUGAUACACGCUCCGAUCGUUACCACCACAUCAACGCGUACGACGGGGAUGACACCAAUGAUGACGAGCCGGUGGAGAUUAGACAGUUUUCCUCCUGCUCCCCUCGUUUCAGCAAGGUGUACAGUAGCAUGGAGCAUCUCUCUCAGCUGGAGCAGAAAGCUUCAACCUCUGUCUCACGUCGAGAGCACAAAGGCCCGAGGGAGGACAAGGUGACCAAGAGAGAGAGCCUGGGUAGCUUCAGCAUGAGGGAGAAGAGCUGGAGGACUGGAUCACCCGAAAUGAAGCGGCUGUCUUGCUCAGAGUCACUCUACAUGGAGGGGGAUGCCAGCCCUCCCCUCGGUGCUAGGCGACGGUUCUCAGCUUUGAUGGAUACACACCGAUUUGCCUCACCUAUUGAAGGUGAGCCCGACUUCCUGUCGAGGCAAGCCACUUUCAAAGUCCGGGGCACCUCCCUGGAUGGGGCUGGUGCUCCGUCCGUAAACCUCGGGGAGCCGAGGAACAGUCUGAAAGAGAUUGACGGAGCAGAUAAGUCACCCAAGCAAGGGGACACACCAGGUGGCGUGACCAUCAAUAUGUUACCGCCAGCUCCUGCAGCAGUCGCUCGUGAUGUGAUGACGCCUCUGUAUGACCCUCUCGGCCCCCGGGCCACCAACGACCUGGUCUUCCGGAGGGCACGUCACUCGCAUUUGUCUGGUGAUGGAGAAAAACGGAACUCCAGACCUGGCAACAAGGUCAUCAAAUCAGCUUCGGCUACUGCCCUGUCUGUCAUCAUACCAUCUGUGGACCAGCAUGGUGGAUUCUCUCCGCUGGCCAGUCCCAUGUCCCCUCAUUCGUUCUCCUCCAAUCCUUCUUCUCGCGACUCUUCGCCCAGUCGAGAUUUCUUCCCCACAGUCAGCGUGCUUCGUUCCCCCAUAACUAUUCAUCGCUCUGGAAAGAAAUAUGGUUUCACCUUAAGGGCCAUCAGGGUUUAUAUUGGAGACAGCGACAUCUACAGUGUGCAUCAUAUUGUCUGGCAUGUGGAGGAAGGUGGCCCCGCCCAGGAAGCUGGUCUGUGUGCAGGUGAUCUCAUCACUCAUGUGAACGGAGAACCCGUCCAUGGUCUGGUCCACACUGAGGUGGUAGAGCUCAUCCUCAAGAGCGGCAACAAAGUGACAGUGACAACAACACCGUUUGAGAACACCUCGAUUAAAGUGGGUCCAGCCCGUAAAGCCAGUUACAAGUGUAAGAUGGCCCGGAGACAUAAGAGGACCAUAGGCAAGGACGGACAGGACAGUAAGAAGAGAAGCUCUCUGUUCCGCAAGAUCACAAAGCAGUCCAACCUUCUGCACACCAGCCGCAGUUUGUCGUCUUUGAAUCGUUCCCUGUCCUCCAGCGAGAGUCUCCCUGGUUCGCCAACUCACAGCCUCUCUGCCCGGUCUCCAACUCAGGGGUAUCGUUCCUCUGCUGAGCCCUCAUAUCUGGGUACUUCACCUCAAAGCAGCUCUCCAGCAUCCAGCACUCCAAACUCACCCGCUCCUUCCCAACACAUGAGACCCAGUUCUCUACACGGCCUCUCCCCUAAACUUCACCGCCAAUACCGCUCAGCCCGGUGCAAGUCUGCCGGCAACAUCCCCUUAUCUCCUCUGGCCCACACACCAUCACCCACCCAGUCUUCGCCUCCUCCUUUACCGGGACACACUGUAGGAAGUUCCAACACCACUCAGACUUUCCCAGUGAAGCUCCACUCCUCGCCCCCAGUGGUUCGUCCCAGGCCAAAGAGUGCGGAGCCCCCACGUUCGCCCCUUCUGAAACGUGUGCAGUCGGCGGAGAAGCUCGGAUCCCCUUUGACCCAGUCUAGUACAACAGGAGGACUUGGGGGUCCGCUGAGGAAGCACAGUCUUGAGGUGCAGCACUCUGAGUACCGCAAGGACGCCUUCCUGUGUGAGCUGGGUCUCCAGAGCCUGCUAGAGACAGAUGGGGAGAGUUUACCUCCUAAUCCUCCACCCCUGCCGUGUUCCUCAUCCUCGACAGGCUCGGAGACCCGUGUGCUGAAGCCCGUGAGGAGAUUAGGCAGGCAAGAGUCGCCUCUCAGCAGGGAGACUCUGCUCAUGGCUGGUCGAGAAAGGGAAGAGAAGGAUAGAGGAAGGGAGCGGGAGAAAGAAAGGGAAACCGGAAGUGAGACGGUUCUGGAGAGACUCAGCCGGUUUGAAGCUGCAGCCUCCCAGACAUCUUUAACAAGAAAACCUCAUGCAGAGCCCUUGAGUUCAAGAGCGGGUGGAGAACCCGCAACAGCUUCAAGCACUUCUACCAAAAUAGAAGACGGGUUGGAAAAGAUCCCCCAGCGCCCGACUCCAAAACAACUAGACCUCAAGGCAGCCAAAAUUUUACUCUCUGAUUGUAAAACGCCUCAAGAGCAGCAUAAAGGAGGUGGAAGAGAACCAAAGCAGGAGGGAGACACUAACAAUGGGCCUAGUUUACUCUGCGCUGCCUUCAACAAGAACUCUGCAGCGCCUCCUGACAAAAAUAUUAGUACUGCAAUGACUGCCAGUCCACUCACUAUGCGGAAAGUCUUUAAACCUUCAGGUAUGGGGGACGGCUUGAGAAAAAACGAAAACAGCGAUUCAAGGACUUCAGAAUUAGCCUCCAGCAGCCCUAAACUUCAAGCUCGGGUCCUUGCCCCUGUCGUCCCCCCACAUGGACAGCCCCUGACUCUGAGCAAAGUAAGACAAGGCCUGGGGGCAGUCAACUGCUACAGAGGAACCCUCGACUGGGAGGACAAAUGUCGGCUGGAGGUACUAGAGGAGCAUUCACCCUCUCCUUCUCCCUCCCCAACCGGCGUCACCCCCUCCCUGUGCGGACCCUCCCUCUGUAAGUCACGCCCCGUCUCCCCCGGAGACAAAACGAGCUUUGUCAGCCAGCUGACCACCGUGGCCAAGAACGUGCUGGGCCCCAUCAAGCUGGGCUCCCAGGAGGGCUCCAAGUGCAAAGACCCGCAGACCAAGGCAGCAGAUGACAAGCAGGCGACCACAGCAGGAAGACACGACCCUCCGGCAGGAGGUCGUGGGCUGGUAGUGACCCAAAGCCCUGCGAGUUCAUCCCUGGAAAAGGCCUCCUCGGGUAGCACCCUGCCCAAAAUAUAAUCCCUAAACGGGACCUAAUAUUACGAACAGAAAUGCUGUUAUUGGAUGAACAAUGCAACAAAAGUCAAGCACUUAAAAAGUUGUACAUUCCAGUUUUAGAGUUUAUCAAAUCUUAUUUAUUGAUUCCAAUCAUUGACUGAUUCUACCUUAAACCGGGAUUUAGAAAGUCCGCUAUAAAGGUGCAUUAACUUUUGAUUAUUUUAAUAAGACAAUUCUUAAUGUAUUGUGGAACACUUUAUGAGAUGUCUAUAUGUGUGAGUCUACUGUAAGUGGAUGCAUGUCUUAUGGUAUGUACUAUACAUGUAUAGUAGGUCAAAAAGUGCUUUACUCAUCGAAAACUGUGAAGACCAAAUUUAGUCUCAUUUGUCACAUUGUCAUGUUUGCAUCAAACACACAAUGACGUGCAGGAUCAGCCAUGAGAUGAUUGCGCUUUAUUGUCCAUGCAGCAGCUCAUUUUGAGACACGUGUGUGUGUAUGUGUGUGUGUGUGUGUGUGUGUGUGUGUGAGGGUCUAUUAUUGCUGAUGGUUCUGGGGGGUUGACAGAGCUUAGGCUCAGCAGUGCUUAUCACUCCCUCACAGGAGGGCCACCACCACCCUCUUCCCCUCCUCUGACUGAAGUCACACACAAACACACAUGUAAAAACACACACUUUGCCACCGGAGGCAUCCUUGCCAGCAGCUUAUAUUGGUACAUUCAAAUCCAUCGCCUUUGUGCUCUAAGAAUUGUGUUUGUCUGAGAGCAAGGGAAAAAAAACACAACACAAAACCACCCCUUUUUGUUUUUUAAUUAAUAAUUAGCUAUUUUUGGGAGGCCCUAUACAUAUUGUCCUGAAUUUUUCAGCUUGAGUGCAUGUGCAUAUUUUUGAUGAGGAUAAUUGCACUCAGUGCAGUUUACUCUGCAAUCACAAUCAUCAAACUGGAAAUAAAACACACCAUAAUUGUUACAUGUCUUGUUCCUGUUGAACAAAAACAGGUCCUUAUGCUUGUGAAUUGGAGUGUACUCACAUUAGACAAUUUGAAUACCUAAAGUCUUAAAUUGUAUGACUAUUGACUGUGCUCUGUGCCGUGCUUAAGCAUGGUACACUUCCAGGUCCCCAGUCAUAUAAUCAAUGUCAAUGUUCAGUUGUUUGUGAUAACUACCACCUUAUAAAAUAAUACAAUACAGUAUAAGGGCCACUCUUUGAAGAAAUACCACCACCAAGAAUAAUAUAGAUCUACAAGAUAAGGUCGUAAUUUUAUCACAGUUAUGCUUUUUUUCAUCUUGCAAUUUUUUUUAUUCAUCAAAAAAUGUCAAAUGUAUUCCUUAAAUGUUAUCAUAGAAGUUUUUUAAAUAAUCUUAUUAUUGGAGGGAAAAAUUGGGAAAAAGUUUCAAAAAUCUUAUUGUCUAAAUAACAUUGCAACAUUUUUAUUUCAAUAUUGCAUUUUUUUCAUAAUUUUGCUUUGUUUCCCCCUGAGGCCUUAACACUAUUGUGUAUCAUCAAAAUAACCAGAGUGGUAUUAAAUUAUUAUUAUUGAUGCAGUGUUAUGUCACGGCGUGAUGGGUGCUUGGACACGGGUGAGUGUGGUGUGGUGCGGUACGGUAGUUGUUGAAAUAGCCCAGUGUGAGUGAGUGUGCCCUUAACGCAUAGAAGCAAAUACACAAAAUGUGAGCACAUACACAAAAAAUGUGAAAAGCUGGCAGUUGCGGAUGCUACAUACAUGCAAAAAGGGCUGAAUAUAGAAGGCCAUGUGGGAUAUGUAAGAAAAUAUAGGGUUUUGUGUAAUCAAAGAUACUGUGGUGUAAGGUAGGCAAAAUAAAGAGGUCACAUGUUGCUAUCCCGUGUUAGGCUCAUGUCAGUCAAACAUCAUUCAUCUCUAUAAGUCAUAUAUAAACUAGCAAGUGUACAUAUACAUUAUGCAAAAUGUUUAACUGCAUGUGAAAGCAGAGGUUAAAUGACCUCACCUCAGUUAGGACGCAUUGCAAUAUAUCACUUCUUUGAUUACAUUUCAUUUCAAAGCAAAAAGCAAGUACACAUAGGAUGGCUUGACAGUCUUAGCAAGAAAAUGACAGCUGUUGAAGGGAAAUUGCACUUAUGUAGAAGCCAAAGCAGGUGGAGGAUAAAUGACAAUUUCACAAAACAACCUAUUUAUGUGUUUUAUUAAGCAUACAUUUUAAACCAAUGAUUUAUUUUGUGAUUCUUUCUCAAUUAUAUGUUUUUUUCUUGAUUUUAAUGUCAUCACAUUUUUUUAAAUGCAGUAAUAAAGGGUUCAUGCAGUUCAAUGGGUUUAGUUUAAUGAUACUACACUGACCUCUGGUGGUUCAAACUUGCUUCACUGAAGUGUGCAAUUAAAAUAAGAACAUCUAAUGUUGUGUAGAACAAGUCCAGGAUGACUUCACAAGCAUUUAUGUGUCAAAGUAUCUGCUGUAGUAAGCCAAAUCACAAUCCUAUGUUGUUGUGUAUGCUUUUGUUUCCAUUCUUAUGUGGCUGUUUCCUUUGGGAUAGGAACAAACUAUUAACAUAGUGUAUAUGAUACAAUAAGGUGGUUUUAUAGCUCAGCUCAGUAACAGGGUGAACUUAUUCAAAUAAAUAAAUUCAAUUUUAGGCUUUUCCCAACACAUCAGUGUCUAUAGUGUUACACAUUUGAGACUUGUGUCGUUUACAAAGGCAUUUAAAAGCACUUUAUUUAGGGGGAAAAAACACAUCUUUAAGAGAAACCAGUACUUGUUUGAAUUUCAGAAAUUACUGAACACAUUCCAUUUUUCUGUGUUUAUUGAAUGUGUGUGUUUAAUUGUGUCUUAGAAUGAUGAUUUUGUUUGUGAUAGAUGUGAUUCAAAUAGACACUUCAAGUACAGUGAGUUGGAAUACAGUCUGGAGAGUUGUUCACAAUUUUUGAUAUCAUGCUUAUCAGUUGAUGUCAGUUUUGACAACCGAAAUGGGUGCGCAUUAACACUGUUAUUGAUAUUAAAUGCUGAUUAUCAAAGUAUUAUUUUGU